GUAGUUGGCAACGCGGCUGCAUCAGCUGUAGUUUUUAGGUUAUGUUAUUCAGUUUGUUAUCGUAAUUUUAAGGCGCCCGCACAUAAAAUGCUCCGGAGUUUACGUCAAAUAGCAAGACUAGGAAGAUUCCUAAAGUCUCCAGUUCCCACCAGAAGUCUUCUUAAACUACCAGCAAACGUCCAACUUCAGACUCCUUUGCAUACCAGUGUUACUUUGUGGAAAUAUGACAAAAAAUCUUCGCGAGCGUCAGAUGAUUUGGAUAGCGACGACGAAGAUGAUGAGGAUUUUAAAGACGAAAGGGACUCCAAGGUAGUAAAGACAAAAGUAAACUCACUCCGCGCCGAUCUUUUACUGAAAGCUGGACUAGGCAUGGCCAGGAACAAAGUGGAACUGAAUUUCUAUGAGAGCAAAAUACGCGUCAAUGGAAAAAAGCUUUCCAAGAAGAGUAUCCAGCUCGAAAUCGGCGAUGAUAUAGAUGUAAUUAGAGGUUUCAGCCAAACGAACCCUUCUCAUCUAGUCGUGGCCCGUGUCUCAAUCCUUUCCGCUAGCGAACGCGAGGAAGGAGUCAGCGUCCACUUGCGACGAUACAAAUCCCUACUGGUCGAGAACUACCGUGGACCCAACGCCUUCAAAUCCUCAGAGCCCGUCGUUCAUUAAUCAAUGUUAAGAAUAAAUAGAUAAUGAUGCUGAAAA